UGGGCAAAGUUGGGCUCACUUUUUACACCUCCCUCUUCUCCUCUCUUCUCCCCUCCAGAUACGCGGGGCUGCACUGCAAACUGCUGAUUGGCUACGCCAAGGGGGCCGAGUACGCGGCCGGAAUGCGCUUCUCCGGUCGCCAGGGCCAGCACUCGUGGAACGCGGUGCUGGUGCACGGCACUUGGCGCCUCGUUGACUGUCACUGGGCGGCGCGCCGGCUAAUCGGCAAAUGUGCCAGCGUGGAAAACGUGCGCUACGGUCUCGACAUGUUCUACUUCCUCGCCAACCCCGGCCAGUUCAUCUACACACACUUUCCACAUGAUAAGGACUGGCAGUUGCUAAGGCAUCCGAUCUCACUUGAGGAAUUCGAGAGUCUGACUCCUGUAAAGUCGGCCUUCUUCAAGUACAACCUGGACCUCGUGACACACAAACAGGCUGUCAUCUCAACUGUCGACCCCGAGGUCUGUGUGGUCAUCGCUUUUCCACCCAUCGCCGAACAGCCGCUCUCGUUCACAUUCAGCUUGGCCAUGGACAACCAGGAGGCCUCCGAGGAGUUCCAGGGCCUGCCUUUGAGGUGA